AUGUCAGCGCCGUACAAGCCCACCCCGGAGGAAGCGUCCACGUCCGCAUCCUCUUCCUACCUCUCCUCAUCCUCCCCACGAACCUCCCCCACCUCGUCGUCCUCCUCUUCCUCAUCAUCAUCAGCAGCGGCGGAGGCGGCAAACGAUCCAAGUAGACCACAAGACUUUAUCAGCGUCAUGUCGCACAAGACACCAUCCAAGUUCACCGACCCGUGCGCACACGCGGCGAAACUCUCGAUGAAGUGCCUCGACGACAAUGCCUACGAUCGCAGCAAGUGCGGCGAUGUCUUCAACCAGUAUCGGGAGUGCAAGAAGGCUUGGAUUAACCAGCGGAGGCAGGACCGGCUGAAUAACAGGCCGGGUGCAUUUGAUUGA